UGGAGCGGGCGGUGGCGCUAACGCCGUAAAUCAAGCCUGGUUGCUCGGGCGCUUCCAUGUUGUAGGCCUGCGUGAGAAAACUGCCCCCUAUUCUCUCCCCCCCCCCCCCCCUUGUUGAGCGUGUAGUCUGGGACUUCGUUUUGUUUGAUCGCCUGUUUUUUCAAUGGAGACAAUCAAACACAGUGAAGAGAUCCUGAGGACAGCCCUAAUUUCUAAUCAUAAGGACCUUAUUGACUUGUAUCAGGAAUACAGUCCAAGUGUGAAAAGAUUCCUGGAAGAAGGACUUAAGGCAAAUAGUAUUCUUUUCAAACCCAUUGAGUUACAAUCGAAGUCCGACUGGAUCCUUAGCCACCCUGAACCAAAGCAAGAUUUCUACACAUUUUACAGCAACCCGCACAGGAAAACACCAGUUCCUGGGAAGAGCAUUAUUUACAUUCAGAUCAUUGGUUCAUUUGCUGACUCGGAGGCAACUACUAAUACAUACAUACAUUGGUUAAAGGAAUAUUGUGAGGCAUUUUUCUUUGGGCUGAAGGUCAAAUUCCAAGAACCAAUUCCAGUGUCCCACACUGGUUGUAUGUUCCGUAUCAAUAAAUAUUCAGAAAAUCUGCAGAUUCACACAGGUGGUAUCCUUAAAUGCCUGAAGAAGAGAAAGCCCAAAGAUGCCUUCUGCAUUGUUGGAAUUACAAUGAUUGAUCUUUAUCCAGAAGAUUCCUGGAAUUUUGUGUUUGGUCAGGCAUCCCUCACAGAAGGAAUGGGAAUUUUCAGCUUUGCCAGAUAUGAUGAUGAUUUUUACACCAUGAAUUAUAAGGGAAAGCUGAAGAGAAAGCAUCCUGUUGUUUCUGGUGAUUAUUCAGUCUUUGAUGGAUACUACACACCAUCCAUAACAAGCAAGCUACUGCUAAGAUCAUGCAAGACUUUAACUCAUGAGAUUGGGCACAUUUUUGGCAUGCAGCACUGCCAGUGGCUGCAAUGUGUCAUGCAGGGAUCCAAUCAUUUAGAUGAAUCUGAUCGACGUCCAAUUGAUUUAUGCCCUAUAUGCCUACAAAAGUUGCAGUGUGCCAUUCACUUUGACAUUAAAGAGAGAUACAAGGCAUUGUUGAGGUGGAUUGAGGAAGAUUCUAAACCUGGCCUUUUGGUUCAACCAAUAGUGGUAUCUCACAAACCCACUGAAGCAUUUAAAGAGUGGAAAGAGUGGUUAUUGCAGUGUCUGCAGCAUUUGGAGGAGUGAAAUUUAAUCAAUUCAAUUCACUAGGUAAUGACUAAGUAUAGAGUUUUGGCACUCUAUUUAAAUGUAUUGUGCCAGCUCCACUAAAUUCUUUAUAAUGCAGUUAAAUGCCGAAUAAUUUCAAACUCUUAAAUAAGUGGUGAAUGAUUUUAGAAACUUAUAAUAUUUCUGGUUUGUUCUUGGAGAGCUUUGUGAUAUUUAGGAAGUUUUAAUAAUGAGACACUUAAUAUAUAUUUUCAGAGAUAUAUUAUCACAACACCGCUGGUUGGAAAAGUUAGUAAUUCUUACAAGAAUGACAAAAUCUUGCUUUAGUAAAUCUUGUGUUGUGCAUAGGUUAUGUGUGUUCACAGUUGGCACUAAGGGAUUGAGCUAUUUCUGGUUUAGGCCUUGGAACCUAAUCUCUCAAAUUGGGUUUUUGUAAUAAGUCUACUGCAGCACCAUAAUCAAAGCUGUUAAUGGUAGUGGAGAACAGAUGCAUUUGAAACUGUAAUUCUAUUGGCAUUAAGCUACUGGCAUUAAAUGCUUUAGAAUCUCU